UUCCUCUCCCCACCUUGCCUUCUGCCCCGUUUGGUUCUUCUAUGUUCGCGAGUCUCUCUCUCUCUCUCUCUCUCUCUCUCUCUCAGUCUAGCCCUGCGUUUCUUCGCGUCGAAGAUCAUCGGAUGGAGUCGAUGGAGAUGACGAGCUGCUUCAUGGACGAGGAAGAAGCAGAGAAGAGGAGCAGAGUGUUCGCAGAGCUAAAACCUUAUUGCUUGGACCUGCUCGACCUCGUGCAACACCCCCAGAAGCACUCCCCUGCUCUCUCCGCUCUCCUCUGCUUCCUCCGCGACUCACCCACUGACUCUCUCCAGCCCUUCUUCGAGUACGUCCACUUCCCUCAUCCUCCAACCUAUAUUUUGGUUUAGCGGGUGCUGUUGCGCUUGGUCUGCUAUACAUUAUUUCCGCUGCUGCUUCUGUUAGAUGUGGCAGUUGAUGACCGAACCCAGCACAAGAUUGAUCCCCAAGACCAUGGGGUUUCAUCUCAUAAACCCCAUAGGGUGAGUGAUAUAGCGGCAGAAGCUGUGCUUCAGUGUUUGGAGGAGCUUCUGAAGAAAUGUUACUUAGGAUCAGUCGAUCAGAUGGUUGUGAUACUAAAGAAAUUGACUUAUGGGGCUUUGCUUUCUCCCUCUGUGGCUUCUGAAGAGUUUCGUGAAGGAAUUAUCAAGUGUUUUCGGGCGCUUCUUUUGAAUUUGUUGCCAUGCUCUGAUAGUUCUUGCUCGUGUGAACAAAUUAACGGGUUUCCUUCUCUUUUAGUUGGUGAUGAUAUGCUUACUCACCCUGUUAGACGUUCAAGACAAAACUUGGGAGGGGAAUGUUUACUUGCAUUUCUUCAGACUCAGACUGCAUCUGCUGCUAUUGGACACUGGUUAUCACUUCUCCUUGAAGCUGCAGAUUUUGAGGCUGUGCGUGGGCAUCGAGGAAGUGCAAAGCUUCGCAUAGAAGCCUUCUUGACACUACGGGUUCUUGUUGCUAAGGUUGGCACUUCUGAUGCAUUAGCUUUCUUUUUGCCUGGUGUUGUUAGUAAAUUUACUAAAGUUUUGGGUUUCGCAAGAACGAUGUCAAGUGGUGCUGCUGGCAAUAUUGAAGCAAUCAAUCAAUCAAUUAGAGGAUUAGCUGAGUAUCUGAUGAUUGUUCUUGAGGAUGAUGCUAACUUGCUUUGCUUGGAGAUGUCCUUGAAUAGUAAGAUGAAUUCAGAGAUUUACAGCUCGACAGAUUCCUUCCUCAGGGAACUUCGCAGGUUACCUAUCAGAGAUCAAGGUCAUGAAGUUUUAAGUGAAAAUUCAGUUAUAAAGGUUGAAAGUAAGAAAACUGCAAAUGAAAUCCAGGAGCAGACUGCUGGAUCUAGCAAGGGGUUGCAAACUUUGACGGUGAAUCGGACAAAAAAUUGGGUUGAGGAAACUUCAGCCAAUGUUCAUAAACUGCUCAGUGCUACUUUUCCACAUAUUUGUGUUCAUCCAGCAAAAAGGUUGAGAAGAGGACUUCUUGCUGCUAUAGAAGGAAUUCUUACCAAGUGCAACAACACACUAAAAGAGAGUAAAUUGCUGCUUCUGGAAUGUCUGUGUGCCUUGGUUGUUGAUGAAUCUGAAGAGAUAUCUGCAUCUGCCCAGGAAUUUCUCAGAUAUAUAUUUUCUUUCAGCAGGAUAGAGACUGUAGAACGUGAUAUUGCUGAAAUGUUAAGCAGGCUACUAGAGAAACUUCCGAAAAUGGUGCUUCAAGACGAAGAGUCUUUUGCACUAUCAAGUGCUCAGCAGCUGCUUGUUGUUAUGUACUUUUCUGGUCCUUGCCUUGUUGUGGAUCGGCUACUCCAUUCUCCUGUAACAGCUGCACGGUUUUUUGAUGUGCUUGCAAUGUGUCUUGGUCAGCAUUCAGUAUUUGCUGGUUCUCUAGAAAAGCUUGUGCUGGCUAGAUCAUCUUCCGUGGGAUACAUCCGCUCUGUUGCAGAGUUAAAAUCCCAAUCUCAUUUGACCAGAGACCAGCAUGAAGGUGCUCAGGUGAAAGAAAUAGGAUAUUCUCAAGAAAACAUUGAGAACAGUAGCGAGCUUCCACGAAUGCCCCCUUGGUUUGAAAAUGUUGGUAGUCAAAAACUCUACCGGACCCUUGCGCAAAUUGUUAGACUUGUAGGUUUAUCUUUAUUGGCAGAUUCAAGAUGUGAAGGCCAUUUGUCAGCAAUUGCUGACAUUCCACUUGGAUACGUGCGAAAAUUGGUUUCUGAAAUUCGCAUUAGAGACUAUAAUAAAGAGAGCUGGCAAUCUUGGUAUUAUAGAACUGGUUCAGGACAGUUACUUCAGCAGGCAAGCACUGCAGUUUGUAUUCUAAACGAGAUGAUAUUUGGAUUAUCAGAUAAGGCCUUUGAAAAUUUUGAGCAGAUGUUCCGUAAAUCUACUGUAAGUGGAGAUGAACUUCAGAAGCUCACCUCUGGUCUCAACGAUCGUCAUUCUCCUACAUGUCAUGCACAUGACCCAUCUGCAUGGAAUCUUGCACGUGAGAGUAGCAAUGAGAAUCAACUGAUCGAUUGCAUUGGUAGAAUCUUGCACGAAUAUGUAAGUCCUGAAGUGUGGAAUUUUUCACUUGGACAAGGAUCCUCACAUGUGGAAUAUGAGGGCAAAGAUGAAGAUUUUCCUUUGCACUUUCUCCAUGAUGCUGCCAUGUUACAUCAGGUGAUUAUUGAGGGGAUUGGCAUUUUCAACAUGUGUCUUGGCAAAAAUUUUGCUUUCAGUGGCUUUAUGCAUUCAUCUCUUUAUUUGUUGCUUGAGAAUCUUGUUUCUCCAAACUUCCAUGUCAGAGCAGCUGCUGAUAUUGUCUUGCAUGUCAUUUCUAAAACAUCAGGCUAUCUGUCGGUUGGCCAACUAGUUUUGGAGAAUGCAGAUUAUGUAAUAGACUCCAUAUGUCAGCAAUUACGUCAUUUGAAUCUCAACCCUCAUGUGCCUAGUGUGCUUGCUGCUAUGCUUUCUUACAUUGGUGUAGCUGAGAAGAUAUUGCCAUUGUUGGAAGAACCGAUGCGGUCUGUUUCACUCAAACUUGAGAUACUUGGGAGGUAUCAACAUCCAGAUUUGACAAUUCCCUUUCUAAAGGCUGUGGCAGAGAUUGCAAAAUCAUCGAAGAGGGAAGCACUUUUGUUGCCCGAUGAAGCUGAGUCUUUCCUUCUGCAUGUUAAGGCGAAACUUCUGGAAAAGGAGCAGAGAUUGAGGACAGAGUCAGGUCAGUCUUCAAGGUUGCAUCAUGAGGAAGGAGCUUCCUACUGCACCCGAUCAGGUGAUUCUUGUGUAAUAGUAUAUGUAGCUGGUUGUCAUGUUGCUGGUCGUAGUGUGCACGAAGAGUUGGAGGAAAUCACAUUCAAAUUGAACAGUUCCAAGAGGUAUAGACGAACAAUUGGAUCAAUUGCUGGUUCGUGUUUAGUGACUGCAACCCCUUUGCUUGCCUCAUCAAAGCAACCAAUGUGCUUGGUGGCAUUGGAUAUUCUCGAGAAUGGGAUAUUGGCUUUGGCGAAUGUCGAAGCAGCCUACAGGCAUGAGACUCAAGCAAAGGAAGCGAUCGAAGAAUUUAUCCAAUCAUGUUCGCUGUAUCAGCUUCAAGACUUAUUGGAUGCUGCUGACCAACAAACAGAUGAGAAUAGGCUACUUCCAGCAAUGAACAAAAUAUGGCCUUUUUUCAUAGUUUGUGUUCAAAACAGUAAUCCAGCGGUUGUCAGGAGAUGUUUGGCUGCAGUGAGUUCUUCAGUGCAGAUCUGUGGAGGAGAUUUCUUCUCCCGCCGGUUCCACACUGAUGGUGGCCACUUCUGGAGACUGCUGACCGCCUCUCCGUUUCACACCAAGCACGAUGUCAGAAAAGAAAGGAUCCCAUUACAACUUCCUUACAGGAGUGUGGUUCCAUCUUCAGACGAGCCAAUGGCUGAAGUUUCCACUCUUAAAGUUCAAGCAGCAGUUCUUAACAUGAUUUAUGAAUUAUCCCAAAAUAAGAAGAGUGCAUCGGCAUUGGCAGCAGUGCUGAAGAAGGUCACUGGUCUGGUUGUGGGCAUUGGUUGUAGUGGAAUUGCCAGCCUUCAAGAUGCUUGUCUAAAUGCCUUACAAGGACUAGCAUCAAUAGACCCUGAUCUUGUGUGGCUUCUUCUGGCUGACGUUUACUAUUCUGUGAAGAAGAAAGACAUACCUUUACCGCCUACAUCUGAGUUACCAGAGAUCAUUCAAGUGUUGCCACCGCUUUCUUCUCCGAAAGAGUACCUAUACGUUCAGUAUGGAGGGCAGACCUACGGUUUUGAGAUUAAUGUUUCUGCUGUAGGAGUGAUCUUCAGGAAACUAAAUUCUCUCGUUUUUUCCAACCAAAUGUACUGCUAGAUUAGAAUCACUCUUUGCUGUCUUUUACCGAUAUGCAUGAAGGUUGUUUUUUCUCUCUUGU